UUAUAACGUGGAGCAGCGCCUGUGCUUUAACCAUGUGUUUUUAGCUACUAUAGUGUAAAAAUAUCAGUUUGGAAUCCGCAGCACCAAUUAUAUCUGAAACAUAAGCUUGAACAUGGAACCUUCAUCAUCAUCAGCAACAUGCAUCAGAAGGAAAAGAAAAGCCAUCGCCCCCUCAGCACAUGAGGAGGCCAAGAGAGUAAAAACUGUGCGGGAGAGCGAGGAGCUGCUGGAGUGUGGACACUCCUCCCGCUCUCAGAGGAUCUCAGUGUUGCCCGAUCGCCUUCAUCAACCAAUUACACCGGAUGAGCUGACAGAGCUGCUGCAUUAUGCUGCUCUGGGGAAAACAGGUGGCAUUAAACAGCCCAGUUGGUGUCGUCUCCGGCAUCAGAAGAAGGUUGAAGCUGUGAACGUGGUGAUCGUGGAGGGCUUGACCCAGAGUCACUUUUACAAACACUACCUCAGCCUGCGACACCUCAGGACCAACUACACAACUAGGCUCACCUUUACUCCAUCUGCUGACCUGGCGUCAGGAAUCUUCAGCAGUGAAGUUCCUAAAUCGGCUUUUCCAAUUCUUUUCCAAAAACACAAUGGAUCUAGUGAACUGCACAAAGCACUUAGGUGUCACCCAGUAAUCACCAAGUUUGGGACACAGAGGAGAGGACUGACAGCGUAUGUGCUCACCCAGGAGGAGAUGAUCAAGAAACACUACCCUGUCAAAGGAAUGCCAGGUUUUGAGGAGUAUGUCUCCACAGACAGUGAUGACAGCGUGACCGACGACAGCCCUCUGUAUGGAAUUGACUGUGAAAUGGUUCAAACGGAAAAGGGAUAUGAGCUGGCUCGUGUCUCUCUGGUGGACAGUGAUGGGAACUGUGUCCUGGACGAUCUGGUGAAACCUCUGAACCGAAUCUUCAACUACCUCACCAGGUUCUCUGGUAUAACCGCAAAGAUGUUGCAGCCAAUCACAACCACCCUGCGGGACGUUCAAGUGAAGCUCAGGAAGUUGUUGCCGAGCGACGCAGUUCUGGUGGGACAUUCCAUAAACAAUGACCUGGCGGCUCUGAAACUGAUCCACCAGCAUGUGAUCGACACCGCACUGCUGUACAGGAAAGAGUUUGGACAGAAGUUUAAACUGAAGGUCCUGGCGGAGACCGUGUUGAAGAGGCAAAUACAAAUUGAAGAAAAGAAGGGUCAUAAUCCCACUGAGGAUGCUCUGGCAGCCCUGGAGCUGGCUCAGUACUUUAUUAAGACAGGACCUCGUCAGGUUGUAGAACUUCAUAUGGAGGAGCUGUGGGGACAUGCGAUAGUGGAGGAGGAGUCCACUGUCUCUAACCUGCCUGCACCCACACCAAGUCCCAGGUUUGCUGACAUACUAAGGACACUCGGCCGGUCGGUAGCCUUUCUAGGAAAGCGUUGUGACAUCGCCCUGGAUCUGUCCCAUCAGCAGUGGCAAAACUCAGACAAAGAGGUGUUGGCCUCUUUCCGGAGACUGACCAAGUGUCCGUACUUCUCAGUGCUCCAGUUGUCUUCCCUCUCGGACCAUCUGAAGAGGAGCUACCCUCGUCUGGAGCACCAGCACCAGAGGGUGUGUGCACACCUUCGAGAUAUGUGUGUAGUGUUUGCCGGGCCGUUUCCUGCGGCUUUCUCUGAGAGGGAUGUGAGGCGGCUGUUUUGUUGCUGUGGACCGGUUCGAAAUAUCAAAAUGUUGAACACAAGUGUCAGGGUUCAUGCAGAGGUAGAGUUUGAGCUGCUUGAGGGAGCUAUGCUGGCUUUAAAAACGCUGAAUGGACUUAACAUGCAAGGACAGUCCAUCAAGGUCCAGAGGCCUGUUUACGAGUCAAUGCUCGACUUGGACCUGACUCUUGAUACUUUGACGUGUGACAGUCUCAACACCAGUCACCUCUACACUGUUAAAUUAAACCCCAGUGGCGCUGAGAGCAUACAAUUUUCUGCCAGGGUCAAUGGACACACGUCAGAUGCCAAAUGUUCUGUUAAAACAGCAAACGGGUUGCCCUCAGUGAAAGUGAACGGUCAACGGCCGCAUCCCACGACUACCACAAAGUCUAAACUGACCGAGGAGACGGUCAGAGAGACGUUUGGUCACUUUGGUAAGGUGGAGAGAGUCGUCCUGCUUGCCAAACCUGGAAAACGUGCAAAACAUGCAUACAUAAAGUUUGAGAGCUCAGAGGGCAAACAUGUAGCCCUCAGCUGCUCCGAGGAUCUCUGGAAGGAAAAGUACCUCGUCUGUCCAUCCCUCACUCCACCCCACUUACCCUCGUGGAUUGCCAUGACGACGACGAUCACCACAGUGGAACCUGAGAUUGAAGCAGCAGAAGACGAGGAGAAGACUCACAUGCACACCAGUUCUCAGGACCAGGAAAUGGAUUUCAUGAUGGGGAAGUUGGACUGCCGCCUACGGAAGCUCUUCAGAUCUCUCCCAGAAGGCACCUUGUCUGUAGUCGUCCUGCUCGGACACACCAGUGCUCAUGGCUACCUUCCGGGUUUGUGCCUCAUGGAGGUCAAGCAAGGGUCUUGAGAACAGGUCCUCUGUUGGAAUGACUACAAACCUGCACUAUCAAAACAUCUUUCAGUCCAAUGAUGCCUCCUCUUGUAUGAAUCUAGUUAAAUUAAUGAAGAUAAA